AAAUGCUUUCCAGUAAACUUAUGCAGAAUUUCCCUGCCCUUGUGUAAUUUCAUCUCCGAACAUCAUGUGAAGUGGCCCUGAGCGUGAUCAGACUAUUCUCACGCCACAGUUUAAUAUGAGGCUGUGCGGAUUGCUGUUGGCUCUGUCCUUGGUUCUGGCAGAUGAUUAUGAUUAUGAAUUUACCGAGUGUGACCCAGAAAAGUGUACAAAUGAAAUACUGACAAAUGACCAUGAGAAUCAUAUGAAUUCAAGUAACUCAAAAAAUCGAUUUGACAUCAAAUGUAUUAUUUAUAAUACAAAUCUACUGAGUUGCUUCUGGAGCAUAUAUGAAGUUCCUGAAGAUGCAUCCUAUUCUGCUUCAUGUCAAUUGUGCAACACCCCAGAGAAACAUUGGAACUGUAUCUCAGAAGGAUCAAAGAAAUCGUUUAGACAGUUGGAGAAAGAGAAAGUUGACGAUGAUCUUCUUGUUAAAGUCAAUGUUUCCAUAAAUGGCUACUGGUACAUCAUCUGCAAAUAUUAUUCUACAUCAGAAAUCGAAAAGCUGGAACCCCCACAAAAUAUAACAACUUUAAUUAAGUCAACAAACAUAGAGAUACAGUGGAUGCAGCCAAGAAGUUUACUUUUUAACACUGACUGUUUUGAUUAUGAAUUGAAAAUUAAUGAUGAGUUACACACAGUGACAGAGGUAUUAAAGUAUAACAUAACAAACUUUGAACCAACAACCAAAUAUAUAAUUAUAAUAAGGGUCAGACAGAAAAGCUGGUGUGGAGGUAGAGAAACUACACCGUGGAGUGACUGGAGUCAACCCGUGGAAGUCAAUCCAAGUAAUGGUACCUGGGAGCUUAAUGUCGGUGUGAUUGCAGCUAUUGCUUUUGUCCUUCCAAUGAUUCUUUUGGCUUUUCUACUCAUCUGCAAGUUCCAAAGGUUAUUUGAGAAAGUGUUUCCUUCCAUUCCAAACCCAUCCAAAAAUGUUCAAAUGCUUCUUGAGCAAAAUGAUUUUAACCAGGUUAUUCCACCUAAACAAUGUGAAGAAGGGACUGAAAUCCUUGAGGUGAUAAGUUAAAGAAGCAUUGUGCACCAACAUAGUUGAAACCAGCAUUAAGAGAACAUUAUCUACUGUAUUGUAACAAAGUGUUCUGUGUUUUUAAGACUCUUUACACACAAAUGUUCUGUAAGUGUUAAAUGGAGGUUGAGGAUGUUGCAUAGAUGACACUUCUCAGUGGUUUUUCGUGUUAAUGCGUGCGGGGGGGCUGGGGGGUAAAGAAAUCGCAUGCAAAAAACAUUUGGUCAUAAAUAAGUGAAAAAAGAAUGAGUAUUGCCUUAUGUGUUGAAACAUAAGGCAACAGUAUUGCUGUUUGCCCAGUAUGCACCAUGGUCCAUGUUACAGUACAUAUUACGGUUUUAAAAAUGUUAAUGUCAAGACAUCAUGACAUGAGAUGAGGUGAUUUUAUUAAUGUAUAGAACCAUGACAGCACUGUGUUUUUAGCAAUUGCUUAAAAUGCUUUGGUACAUAUAUUUUAUUUGCAAUCAUGAAAAAAUGUAUGAUAAAACAUAAUUUAAAGGGUCCAUUUGCAAUAAAAAAACAGAUAUCUCUAUUGUUAUAAAUUGUCAUAAAUAUUAUUAUUAUUAUUAUUAUUGUUGUUGUUGUUGUUAUUAUGGAACCCUUUUGAUAUAAAAGCUAUAUCACACUGGAAGUCUUGCUGCACUGCUGUAGAUGUGGUCAUAGCAUGGCCAAAGGCAUCACAGUCGCGCUACUGUAUAUCCAGCAGCACAGCACAACACCCAGUGUAAUAUUGCUUUUAUACAACAGUUCCACAAACACCAUUUAUUAUAAACAGAUAAUGAUUUGUUUCUUUAUUUACCUAAUUAUUUUGCUCCCCGAACAUAUAUCCAUCCAUGACUGGUGGAACUAUCUAGCCGCGACUGGCAGAACUGGCGACCGACAGUUACAAUAGUGUACAUAGUUUUAAAUUGUUACCAAUACUAGGUGAGAAGAAUAUAACAUGGUGGGAAGUCCUGCAAAUCUCUUUACAUUUUUUAAAAUGUUUUUAUGUUUCCAUUUUUUUCGCUUUAGGAAAUUAUUCCCGUUAACUUCCAUAUUCUGGGGUCGAAUCCCUAAUAGUGUUAAAUGGAAAGCUAGUGCACUAGGGUGUAAAAUCCAUUGUCACACACAUCUAGUGCCCUUGAUCAGGGGUUGGAAAGCGAUUUAUCCUCAACCUUGUGUUAGGAGUUAGCUAGCUUUUUAGCUAUAAGCGAAAGAACACUGAUAUUUUAGGACAAAUUAGGAGCAGUUAUCAAGUCAGAGACUUUUUAUAAGAUAACUUUUGUAAGAUAACCUUAUCAGAUGUUUUCUUGCUGAAAGCGCUUCUGUAACAGAUAUGUUGUAUAUAAUCAUACCCACUUUAUUUUGAUAAAUGAGCUUCAGUUUCCUGCUGAAACUCUUUUUAGUAACCAUAUGACUACAUGCACUACAUCCUUCCCCUAAAAGGCAUUAGAGCAUUUCACAUGGGUACUUUCCACCUUGUUUAUGGUUUAUGUGCACGCCAGCUCUGUAAUAUCUAGCAUUGUAUGAUUUAUAUUUCAUAUUUCUUCUGAUCUGGAAAUGAAAACAUUAUUUAUGAGUACAUUUAGACAUGGUUAAAUCUGUAUGGUUGGUUUACCUGAUUUAAUUUUCUGUUCAUUUUUUAAUGAUUAAUGUUCUUGGGUUUUUUUUUAUGAUAAAUACUUCUCAUGUUAUUGUGUUGGGCACGCUUAUGUCAUGUUCAUGUCAUGAACUUUGUGUUCAUUCUUUAAAUGAUGCAAAAAGCAGAAAUUAGAGAUUUGCUGUUAGUACCUCAAGUACUACUAAUAAAGAUCACUGUGGUUAGAGCAAGGUGGUAGGAGCAAAGGAAAACAUGAUGACUGGAAAACGGAAAUCGGCAGGGUUUCCUUGGUGCUGUGAUUUAA